AUGAGAAGUCUUCUCUCUUCUCACCGCCGUGAAAAAGGAAAGGAAAAAAAUCCAAGGGGACUGGAAAAGGAGUCCAUUCAACGCUCAGUCUCCAAAAACAAUGCCACCGAAGCCACGCAACAUGAGUUCACCCCUCCAGCACCACCAAAUGAGCAUGGUCUACAGGAAGCGAAACGAUCCAGAAGAGACGAAAACAAUGUUCUUACCGAUGUAGUUGGUAUAUUGAAAACAACUGCACAGAAAUUGGACAGUUCAUCAAGCAUUCCUGACUUAACAAAAAGUUUUAUUUCAUUUAUAGGAGCUAAAAUGAGUAACUAUUCCUCUCAGACUAGGACUUCGGUUGAACACGCAAUAUUUGAAAUUAUUAUGAAAGCCGACAGGGGAUAUUAUGAAUCUUGGCAACAUCAACCAAAUGCAUAUUAUACAGAACCAUACUCCAAUCGUCCCUCAACUUCAGUAACCUACGGUUAUACCUCAGCAGAAAAUGUAGACGCUGCUAACUACUCAAUCAACCAGCAGCCUUUCGGUUUCGGUCGGUCUCUUCACAAGAAUCACAGCACUGUUCUAUAG